UGAAGUCCAAGGCCGGGGUAAAUGCAAGGUCACUGCGUCUAACAAAUAUGAAAAUGUCACCUUUUCAGAGGGCACGCCUUGUUGUUUAACAAAGACUGUCAAUGAACAAGAUUAAUAAGGGGCGAAAUGGACACUGAGUCAUUGAGAGGUCAAACCGAAGUUAUCUCUGUGUAGCUAUUACAGAAAAGUAGCCAGAGUGGUUCUGAAGCUGUGAAACCUCACGUGGCUCACAUAGUUUAAAUACUAACCUGAAGCUAGUUUGGAUGCUUAAACAGGAGAUUUCAGUUCAUGGUGGCUGUUGAAUCACUACAUGGAACUAUUAAGGAUAAAGAAAAAUUACUUGGGAACUACCUGUCGCAAAAGGGAUGUGUCAUUAUUUUCGUUUAUCUGGGCAGCGAACCUGUCUUAUCAGCUUCAAGGUCAGGGAUAUUAUUUUGCUUACAAAUUUAUACAAGGUAGGCCUUCUCAUAUUUUAGUGUUCAUAUAAACAUUGCAAUUCAACAAGUCCAAUAGGAAUAUGGUAUUGUUAUGUAAUAGAGUCUGUCUUUGUAGUGUAUUUCACAGGAAAGGGGAAAUAGACAGAAAAUAGCAUAGGUUUUAACAUUUUUUAACAUUGAGAUGCGUUUAGAGAUAUUUUAAGACCAUAUAAACGUGACAUUGCAGCCAUUGUUAUAACGGUUUUGAAUUAUUUUUAUUACCAUUAAAGCAAUGUUCAUACAGAUAUAACUCCAAUAUAACUGCAUCGCAGUAAAUUAAAAGCCAACUGCAAUAAAUGCAAUUAAUACAAUUGAUAAGAAGUGGCUGCAUAAUACAAAGUCAGUGUGGGUUUGUUGUCAUUUGUGUUGGAGUAGAAGACGAAAUACAAUGCAUCACCAUUGUGCGGAACACUAAAGUUCUUUACAAGAUGUCCAGUUCAGUUUAACUGGACAGUUUAAAAUAUAAAAUAUGACCAACAUAUUUCAUUUUGGGACAUCUGUGAAGGAAUGCUUUUUUAUUUAUUUAGAUUGUAUAUUAUUAUAGAUUAUUUAGAUAUUUAUGUAGACUAUUUUUGCUUUUAGUGAGAUUUUUCUUAAUUCGGUAACAGUCAUCAAAAGACGCAAAUGUGUGCAACUAAAAGGCUCGUGUAGCUUUGAUUUAUUUUUUCUUUACUGCACAUGUUUGGGGUUGCUUUAACAUUGGGCAAAUCGUCUAACUGAUGAAAUUUCGUAAUAAUUUGACGAUGCCAAUAGUAGAACCCCCAAAACUAAGUCGUUUUACUGUGUCUGUAAAAACUGUUACAAAAGAUGUGGAGUUAUUGGUUGAUGCUGUUGCUGGCUUGAAAAUAGUCUUUGUCCUAUUCAUUAACAGGUGCAUAGUCACUGUGAGUAUUGUUACUUUGUAAAAGUGGUCGUGGGCCUUCUUGAAGGUUCUUUUGAGGAACCUAUAGAAAUUGGAACGUCCCUGGAGGGUACAAAACUGUAGGUCGUGGUACACAACAAACGAGAUUUCCUUUUGUACAUUUAUCAUCAGAAAGGGCAUUAACACUGGAAGGGGAUGCUUUCGUGAUAAAUCACGUCCUCUGUUGCACUCAAUUGUUUAUCACUGUAUAUCAUGCAUUUUAACAUAGAUCGUAUAUAUUCAGCCAGCUGUUUUGUUUUCUAUACAAUGUGUAUGGUAACUAUAUCGAAUUAAUUUCUGAUAUUUUAAUUCAAUAACAAAAAGAGACGCAUAUACCGCUCGAACCCAUUUUUGCUGUGCUGAUGCCUGGCCUGCUAUUGGUGCUUGUUUACACGAUGCCCACAGGAGGCGCUGAUUGGUCGCAUUUCUCACGUGACCGACCAACUUUGUACAUUUGACAGAGGAGUAGGUGGGUUUUGGAGAGAUCAGAAAAACGACAGCACGAUAAAAAUUAGAAUUGUUGCACUUUUCAAAUUAAUGAUCAUGAGUUCCUACUUGAUCAAUUCAAAUUACAUCGAACCUUCUUUCCCACCCUGCGAGGAAUAUCAGCAGAACGGAUACAUGCCCGUGUCCUCUGAUUAUUAUGAGCGGCCGAAAGACGCGGGCUUCCCCCAUCACGAGGAGACAUCAUACCCGCGAUCAAACUACCAAGAGCCGAGCUAUGAUUACGGUAAUGUGUCAACCAACGGCCUCAACGAUUUCACCGACCGUCAUCACGCGCAACCUCAAUCCCUUCCGCAGAAUCAUGGACCCCGCCUCACCACAGAGAGCUGUGCUGGUUCAACUGCGAACAAGGAUUGUAGCCUCGUGUCAGAGGCUCUCCCAGGCGCACAGAAGGGUAAAGAGCCGGUCGUGUAUCCCUGGAUGAAAAAAGUCCAUGUUAAUACCGUGACCGCCAGCUACUCUGGAGGAGUGCCCAAGAGGUCUCGCACCGCCUACACGCGCCAGCAGGCUCUUGAGCUUGAGAAAGAGUUCCACUUUAACCGAUACCUGACUCGACGUCGAAGAGUGGAGAUAGCGCACACAAUGUGCCUUUCUGAGCGUCAGGUGAAAAUCUGGUUUCAGAACCGCCGCAUGAAGUGGAAGAAAGAUCACAAGCUGCCCAAUACAAAGAUCCGUUCCUCGAGCUCUGCGCCCUCCAACCAUCACGUGAAAACGGAUGCCACUCAGCAGCAGCAAACGCUGCUUCCCACGCCGUGUUCCUCGAACCUAUAGUGCUAGAAGCAAAUCGACACAGACGGAACUGAACAAGAAAGAAGAACACAUUGCAGUAUUAGGAUCGGAAUUUCACAGGGUCACUUUUUAUUCAGUGUCCGACGAGGCAACCUAACUUCGCCUUCCCAACCUCUUCCUCCACUCUAAUUUGAGCUGGAAAUCACAUCCUUCCUGUAAAAAUAGUUUUUUUUUCCCUUAAAGGAACAAUAGUAGAAUGUACUUUAACUUGGACAAUGGACCGUUACGUUUUCUGUCUUUAACCGAGGCAUACCGAGUCUUGUUUGUGAAGAUCAACGCUAUAGUGAUGCGUGUACCAACUGACAUUUUAACAUGAAGGCACAAGUAUAGGAACAAUCUUCCUGGAAUAGUUAUCUUAUUUGUCUUAGUUCCAUAUUUUGGUGUAUUGUUAACUGUAUUUACGUCAUCGAAGCUGUGAAUAUUCGUGUAUUUGGUUAUUUGUAUAUUGGUGAAUGAUGUCAAGUUGUUUUAGUAAGCCUGUAUGCAAUUGUAGGCUACCCGUGGAAAUAAUAAAUAUGACUUUAUUGUGCAUUA